UAUUCAAACACGUUUUGAAUGCCGAUCGAAAAGCAUACCCCCAAAAUUCCAAAAACCACAAGCCCAGCGCCCCAGCGCCAUAAAUUGUUCCGCCUUCCGACUUUCAGCUCCGAUCGGGUAAAAGGAGCCGCCUGGACCUUCUGACAUGGACGGAGGAGGGGACAACCAGCUGGCGGCGCGGUCCUUGGGCAGGCAACGCGAAGCCUUUUCUCACUACGCCGGUCCGCCCGCGGCCAUCCUGCAAGGACCCGAUCCUGGCCAGGGCGACGCGUUUGCCCUGCAGAUGGCUAUACAGGCCUUCAUCCUAGCCGAACUCGCCGAGGACUCUGGCUUCGAGUCCGGCAGCGAGGGCGACUAGCAGAAUAGAAGGGUCUUCCAGACCUAGAGACUGAAUUGAUACUUUAGUAAAUGGCAACCAUGUGUAAAGCAUCAAAUAUAUAGCUUCUUGUAUCGCAUGUGGCACCAA